AGUGCUUUUCUACUGGUAACAAACUUCUUCGCGCCAAAACUUUCAUCUCAACAUAUGUGAAUGUAAACACUUAAUACAUACUACUAAAUUUUCUAAAUGUUAUUUAUACUGAAAUAAAAUGUGGUGUAUAGUGAAUUUCUCUAGAUUCUCUUUUAAAUUAUGUAUUCUUUUUAAUUAUAAAAUAUAAAAAUAGCAAAUAUAGAUCUAAUGAAUUGGACGGAUUUACCAAAAGAAAUCAACGAAGAUUUUGUUUCAUACAAAGGAGAUUAUGAUUUUCCGCAAUAUUUAUCUGAUGAAAAAGAGUGGGUCAAUUUCAAACAUAAAAAUUUUGAAGAUAAUAUAGAAAUUUUUGAACCCUUCUUAAUAAUGGAAUUGUAUAGAUUUAUACCUUAUUUUGAGGGUAAACACGUCAAAUUUCAUCCUCUUAAUAUGCCUUAUAUUAAAAUAAGAAAAAUAGAAAUAGUCGGAUUUGUGAUAGAUGUUUCUGAAGAUCCUAAAUAUUAUGAAUAUCAUGUUGAUGAUGGAACAGGAAAUAUUAUUAUUUAUUAUGAGAAAGAAGAUUUCAAAAGAGCUGCACUGCAAAGAAAGAAAAUUGACACUAAAUAUAAUAAAAAUGCAAAGAAUAUAGAUAUUAAAUCGUUAAAAACUCAAAAAUGCCCAAAACAUUUACCAAAUCCCCGUCCAAAAUUUAUGUAUUCUCCUGGGACAAGUAUAUCUGAUAUAGCUAUUUUUGAACAUAAUUGGUCACUGGAGACAAAUAAUGGGACAUUGGGUAGAAAACUAAAACGUUGUGCUCAUAUACAUGCAGUAGGUUACUGUACAUUUGAUUUUAUGUAUACAAAGAAAUCAAGCGAUGAAAUUACAUGUGAAGAUUUAUUUAACGCCAAACUAUAUUUUCUUGCAAAUAGAAUUACUUGCAUCAGUGAACACAAAUAUAAUAAAACAUUGCUUUUAUGGAUAAAUACAGUUGUUAGAAGACGAUAUGAUGAAAAUUUAAAUGAAGCAGCAUCUUCUUCCAAAACAUAGAAAUAAAAGUAGAUUCUAAUAUAUUUUACAAAUAUAAAAUGUGACAAUUCUAUACAAUUGUUAAAUGAUGGAAUAAAAUAUUUACAAUGGUACUAGAUA